GGGUGGGCAAAGUGGCCACUGCGGGCAUAGUGGCCACGGCCGAUUUCUCUGCCACGCAGUGCUGCUACGCAGCGGCCAACGCCUCAACUACUGCGCGAGACCUCCAUUAGUGUUCUGUAGCGUUGUGAAGGUGGUCAGUUUACGUGUUCGGAUUUUAUCAUCAAAUGUGUUGUUUUUCAAGUUGCUGAUGUAAGUUGGAGUCAUGGUGUCCAAAUACAAACGGAAAACCGAGCAGCAGUCUUGGGACCCUCAGGCGAUGCAACGAGCUAUCAACGCCGUGAGAGAUGGUAUGCCAAUGCAAACAGCUGCAAAAAACUUCAAUGUGCCAAGAAAUACGUUGAAACGCCGGGUUUUAAAUAAGAACCAGCAUGCUAAGGAAACAAACAAAGUUCUUGGCCACUACCGUCCUGUUUUUAAUGCAGAACAAGAACAGCAUCUUGUAGAAUAUCUUUUAGAAAUGGAGGUACGAUUUUUUGGAAUCACUUUAAAUGAUUUGCGUAGUCUUGCUUACAAACUUGCAGAGCAAAAUAAUAUCACACAUAAUUUCAACCAUGAAACAAAAUUAGCUGGGAAAGAUUGGGUUAGGGGCUUUAGACAGCGCCACCCUGAAAUGGUGUUGAGAGUACCAGAGGCUACUUCGGCAGCAAGAGCCCAGGCUUUUAACAAAGUAAAUGUUACAAAGUUCUUUGACAUUUUAGAGGAUGUCCAGAAAAACCACUUAUAUCCACCUCACAGGGUUUUCAAUGUCGACGAAACAGGACUUAUGACUGUCCAGACUAAAUCGUCAAAGGUUUUUGCACUUAAAGGCAGACGACAAGUUGGCUCACUCACAUCUGCUGAAAGAGGUGUUCUCUCGACAUUUGUAGUUUCAAUGUCAGCAGGAGGGACUUUUAUACCUCCUAUGGUCAUAUUUCCAAGGCAGCGAAUGAAAGUUGAGCUGCAAGAUGGUUCUCCACCAGGGACAGUUUUUGCCUGCCAUCCAUCAGGGUGGAUGCAAACGGACAUUUUCACUCAAUGGUUUGAGCACUUUUUUGCGCUUUGCUAA